GUUAUGAUUUGUGUCUGGUCUGUCGCUAAGUUUUGAAAAACCUACAAGAACAUAUUUUUUCUGCAAAUAGAAUGCACUUUCAAACAUGUUUUGUGAAUAAUAUGACCACGAAAAUUCUCUGAAAAAAAAAUUCCUUGUAAUGCAGUUACCUAUACUUCUCAUUUUUUGCAAACACAAUGCCCUCUAAAGUGGAGUUACAGAAGGCAAUACAGAAAGCAUUGGGCACUAACACCUUCCACCCGACAGGCGCAUCAGGAGGUGGAUGCAUCAAUGAAGGUUCUGUUUACGAGACUGAUGAUGGUCUAGUGUAUGUGAAGACUAACGAUCGAUGGCUGUCAAAAGAAGUGUUCGAUGGAGAGAUGGCUGGGCUGAUGGAGAUAGCUAGCACAGGAACGAUCCGGGUGCCUGAACCGAAGACCGUGGUGCAGAGUCCAAAGGGUAACGACUCGGCUCUAGUCAUGGAGUACAUCGACAUGUCAUCUUGCAGAAACCAGAACACAUUGGGCACCCACCUUGCCAGAAUGCAUUUGCAUAAUCUUGGGCGAAAGGACGAAAUGGACUAUGUCACUCGAUUCGGGUUCCACAUCGAUACUUCCUGUGGCUUCAACAAGCAGCCCAACGACUGGAACCGUGAUUGGGUGACGUUUUUUACGACUGAAAGGCUGGGUCAUCAGUUUUUCUUACUUCAAAAAGAGGGACUGGGUGGAGAUGCUGAGUAUGAACUAUGGCAUGAACUAAAACACAGGAUUCCAUAUUUUUUUGCUGGCAUCUCUGAAAUUAUUCCUGCUCUUCUCCAUGGAGACUUGUGGAGUGGAAACGUGGCGCAGACUAAUGAUUCCCAAAAGGUGCCAGUUAUAUUUGAUCCAGCUUGCUUUUAUGGUCACCAUGAGUACGAUCUCGGAAUAACAGAUAUGUUCGGAGGUUUCAAUUCAAGUUUCUAUGAUGCUUACCAUGCAGUAAUCCCCAAGGAACCGGGCUUCGAAAACCGUCAUAAAUUGUAUCAACUGUUUCAUUAUCUGAAUCACUGGAAUCAUUUUGGAAGUGGUUACAAAGAUCAGUCUAUUCGCCUCACGAAGGAACUUAUAAAAGCAGUUAAGUAAAAACUCAGUGUGUCAAGGAACAUUUACAUGCAAAGUACUAUUCAUAUUACUUUAUCAAUCCUAUUUGUCACUAUUUAUGGGGGCCAUCCUAUUUAAUUGCAUUUUAUCUUUACCAUUCUUCUCAUUUUUAUCUUGUUUUACACUUGUUAUAUAUUUUUAAGCAUUUGUUUCAGAUGGAUAAUUUUAUCUCUAGAUUAAGAGAAAUAUUGAUUCAGUUAUUAGCACUACUAAAAGAAGUGUUUUUGUAUUUUUGUUAAAAAUAAAAUCCUAUUUUUGCACUUUUA